CUAGAAAUAUAACCAAGUAUAAUCAAAUACGGAGUAAAAGGAGUAAAGUACAAAAUGCUCCCCUGUUCUGCUUCUUUGUUCUUCGUCACUUUGCCGCCAGAGAAGAGACACCAGACUUAAGCCACUGCCUUCUUCAAUAGCUGCCGUGCCUUGUGUCGCCAUCGCCACCAUCACCGAACCUAGGGUCGGAACCCUAGGUCGGCGGUGGCAAUCCUUGCCGCUGCUAUGUUCCUCUCUCUCGGUUAUCUGAUCUCCCUCUGGAUUUGGGGUUGAAGAAGAUGAUUUUCUUGUGGCUUUUGUCUCCUUUUAUAAUCGUGGAGUUUGGAAUCUUCAAUUUGGAGUAGGAUUCUUGGAAUUUGCGUUGGAUUUGGGGAAGGACUCUGCGCCUCUUCUCUCCUGCGUUUCUCAUUCACGGAAGAUUUCUCUUUUUUUUCUUCUUUUAUUUGCUCUUCUUCCUCUCUUAAUUUAUUUGGUAGAUGGAAUAGCUUUGGGCCAAAUUUGGAUUGGGCCAACUUUUAAGCUCCAAAAAUUCAACUUCAAUAUCUUCUGACUUCUUGGACUCCCAUGUAUUAUCUACAAAUUUCAUGCCAAUGAAAAUAAUAUUCCAAAAUAAUUGUCAAAUAUAAAUAUGCUCAAAAUCAUGCAUUUUAUGUAUAAAAUGUAAACAGUAGCCUAAAAUGCUAAAUAUAACAAAAUAUGUUUAUUUUGCUCUUCCGCAUCCACCCUUCCGGAUGAGAUACCGGAAAUCUGGACAAAGAAAGUCCAAGGGUUGAUUGAAUCAGCCAUGGAGUCUCAGCGUGCCUCUUUUAGGCAAAAGAUAGAGCAGAUGGAAACAAGGCACAACAAACUGAUGAAAAAAUCUGAAGAAAAGUAUUGCUCAAAUCUCAACGAGAUAAGCAAAUCUAUAGACAAAACUCUAGAGAUCUUUUCUCUAUUAAGUAAGUCUGUGAGCAAUACAAUGAUGGCUUAUGCAUCUGACUGCCAUCUUCAAUUCAAAGAAGCUAUUGCAAUCAAGCAGCAGACUUCCACAGUCACAGUCAAUCUUCAGAAGAAGAUGUCUCUCCUCCAAAUGGAUAUCAGAUCAGCCCUGGCAGUGUCAUCAGCAAACCAGGUGGUAACUCAAGACUACCUAAAGGUUCUUGCUGACAAUCAGAAAGAAGCAUUCAGGCUCUUCAGGCACUUUGGCACUUACACUGGGAAACACAAGCUGGAAGUGAUUGUCCAACCCAGAAGUCCAUCUCAAAUUCCAAGAAUUCCGAUUGAAGUCAAACAAGGAGAACUCUCAUACAUUCCAUCACACCUGAACAUGACGGAGCUGAUACUUGAAGCCCAACAGAGCAAUCCGGAGAACUCAAUACAGCAUCUGUCAAACACUGGUUUUGAUGGAUCAGAAGCUGUAGGAACCAUUACCUCCCACUUCACAAAUGAUGCCCAGACAGAGGAAAGAUAUAACAACCUCAAGCGCAUCCAGGAAGAAUGUGGAGUCAUGCAAGGCAUUGGGGAGGCUGCCGGAUCAUCCAAGCGCAAAAAGAAGUGAAGGCUCUUUUCAUCAAACCAGGGGGAAGUAUUGAAAACAUUAUUUUGUUUUGAUGAAAACACCCUUCUUGUUUAAACAUGAGUUUUUGGUUUAAACAUUGCUUCAUACAUCUCUAAGUUAUGCUUGAACAUAUUUAUUCUAAGUAUAAUUUUUGAGACUUAUCAUUGAGCACAUACAUUCAGGGGGAAUGUAAUUCAGGGGGAACAUAACUGUUU